AUGGCGCACUUCCACGACCGUGCCCUCACCCGCCCUACCUCCUUCAACUUCGCCGUCGAUGUUGUCGACUACUGGGCCGCGCAGUCGCCGCCGCUGCAGGCAAUGUGCUGGCUCUCGCAAGACGGCCGCUCUCAGCGCGCGCUGUCGUAUGCGCACUUCCAACGCCAAGGGCACCGGAUCGCCGUGCUGCUGCAGCGGCUUGGCGUUGAGGCGGGGGAAAAGUUGUUGGUGAUAUUGCCGAGGGUGCCAGCUUGGUGGGAGCUCGCCGUCGCGUGUCUCCGCAGCGGUGUUGUUCUCUGUCCCGCGACUACAUUGCUCGUGGGGAAGGACAUCGAGUUCCGGUGCCAGGCAUCGCAGGCUUCCGUCUUCGUAGGCGACGCGGCAAGCGUGCAGAAGUUCCUCAAGAUACGCGACAACUGCCCUCAGGUGCGGACCGUCAUACAGGUUGGCGGCGACGCUUCUGAGGGUUUGGUGGAGUUGGGGGCUGCGCUCGACACUGUGCCGCGAGAUGCACUGUUCAGUGGACUGAAGCCUGAUGUGCGGUCGCCUGCACUGAUAUACUUCACGUCUGGCACGACCGGGCAUCCAAAGAUGGUUCAGCAUAACCACAUCUCCUACCCACUCGCACACACAAUUACCGGGAAACAUUGGCUCAGGCUGUCUCCAGGGAAGUUGUACUGGAAUUUAUCCGAACAAGGCUGGGCCAAAGCAGCGUGGUCCUUCUUCGGGGCGUGGAACUGCGGCGCAAGCCUCUUCGUCCACGACGAUCGCCGACCCUUCUCUCCCACGCGUCUGCUCGACAUUCUCCACGAGCACCCCAUCACAACCCUGUGCGCGCCACCGACCGCAUACCGCCAGCUCGUCCUCAGUGAAAGCCAAGACCACUUCCGGAAAAACCCACCACACGCACUUAGCCACUGCGCGGGCGCGGGCGAGCCGCUCAACGGCGAAGUCAUACGCCUCUGGAAGCGCAUGAGUGGCCUGCAGAUCUGCGACGGGUACGGGCAGACGGAGACAAUACUGAUCUGCGGCAACUUCGAGGGCGCAGAGGUCAGACCUGGUUCCAUGGGACGACCAUCGCCAGGAGUUCCGCUCCACGUUAUCGAUUCGAACGGCGACGAAUGUCCCGCGGGCGUAGAGGGCGACAUGGGUGUUCUGGUGAAAUCGGAAGAACGAGACGAGGCCGGUUUCUUCGGCCUCUUCGAUGGUUAUCUGGCACCCGAUGGGAAGCUGGAUAAACGCAUCCGCAGUUUUGUCAGGCCGGGCCAUGUCGCGCCAAAGUCAUGGUAUCUAACCGGCGAUCGAGCGAUACGGGAUAAAGACGGCUACUUCUGGUUCGUCGGGCGUGCCGACGAUGUGAUAAACUCCUCGGGCUACCGCAUCGGGCCUUUCGAGGUCGAGUCGACGCUAAAACAGCAUCCCGCCGUGGUGGAGUCGGCCGUCGUAGCCUCGCCUGACUCGUCGCGCGGCGAGGUCGUCAAGGCGUUUAUUGUGCUUACGGACGAGUACGCGAAGAAAGACGUGGACGGGCUUGUGUCGGAAUUGCAAAACUUCUGCAAGGAGAAUGCGGCGCCGUAUAAGUACCCCCGCAAGAUACAGUUCGUGGACGCGACGUUCUUGCCUAAGACAAUCAGUGGGAAGAUCAAGCGGAAUGAGCUGAAGAGGCUGGAGUGGAAGAGUGGGGCGUCGAAGUUGUAG